AUGUCUGAACUGAGGAAGUCUAUUUUUGGCAUUAAUAGCAAACGUCCCAGUAGGACUUCGGUAGCCCCAGGGAAUAAUUUCACUCCCGUUAAAUGGACUAAAUACUUCGAAAGAGAGGAUGAUAUGCAAUUACUUAACGGCAAAUUCCAUUAUUACGCUAAGGGAACAGAUGGACCAAUAUUGCUUUGUCUCCACGGUGGUGGAUAUUCCGGCCUAACGUGGGCGUUAUUUACGGAAGAAGUUUCUAAUCUGAUUGAAUGCCAAAUUAUCGCUAUCGAUAUAAGAGGACACGGUAAUACUUACACAAACAACGAUGCUGACUUAUCGUUGGAAACUUUGGCUAAUGAUGUGGUUGAGGUAGCAUCAAAAUUAACAGAAGGCAAUGCGACUCCGAUUAUUUUGAUGGGCCAUAGUAUGGGUGGUGCUGUAGCAGUUGAGGCUGCUCACAAUAUAGAUAAUGUCGUUGGAUUGUGUGUCAUAGAUGUUGUUGAGGGGACUGCAUUGGAUGCACUUUCAUCGAUGCAAAGUAUCCUCAGAGGAAGGCCCUCUCAUUUCAAAAGCCUACCUCAAGCUAUCCAGUGGUGUUAUAAAGGGGGUCAAACUCACAACAUCGACGCGGCUAGAGUUUCCAUGCCAGGGCAAAUAGUUAGCAUAAAAAGUGGAAAGUUGGCAGCAGACGAGUGUGAUUUGGAACAUAUUGAAGCAGACCUCACAAAUACAUCGAGUAAAGAAGUCAUUCCAUCGGUUUACGCUUUAGCAGAAGUUGCAGAAGUAGCGGAAGAUGCAGAAGAAGCGGAAAAUGCCGAAGAAUCUGAAGAAAACGACGACCAUUGUCCUGAUUGUGGAAAGCCGCCUAUUCCUGCGAAAAGCUCCAAGACUGACUUUAAAAGUCCAAAUGUCAAAGAGGAAGGGCCAUCGUACAAAUGGCGAAUCGAUUUGAGUAAAACGGAGAAAUUUUGGACUGGUUGGUUUAAGGGAUUGUCUCAAAAGUUUUUGGAUGUGCGCAUUCCAAAAUUAUUAUUGUUGGCUAACAUUCACGGGCUUGAUACCACUUUAACUGUUGGACAAAUGCAAGGUAAGUUUCAGAUGCAAGUGUUGGCAAGGUCUGGGCAUGCUAUACAUGAAGAUCAGCCUCAUCAUGUAGCCGAGAUAUUGAGCGGUUACUUAGUCAAACAACGCAUCGCAACCCCAAAAUCUACAUUUGUUAGCUCUAGUUUGCCGGCAUGUUAA